AUGAUGAAGGGCCAUCAACAAAUGCAGCGAGAGGAGGAUAAUGCUGAAGAUAUCAAGCAGAAGAGGGGAUUGUCACGGCGGCCUUCGUCCAAUCUCCGAUCAGAAAGAAGCGGCUCUAUAAUGGUCGCUCCCAACAGCUACCUCGAGAACCAUCAUGGAGCCGACGAUGACAAGCAGAAAAAGGGCUUAUCACGAACUCAGGAAGAUCUUUCCGCCAAGCUGGACGCCGUCAGAGGUAUCUGUCAUCCCAGUGAUGACACUGCUGUCCCCGACAGAAGAAGACGAAGCACAACCAAUUUCACACCUGCCAACUCUACGAGGAGCCUCGGCAGUUCUGCACACAGUAGAAGGAGAAGCACCCUCAGUAUCAUCAGUCCUAAAAAGAAGAGAGGAUUGUCGCGCACAGCCCACGAGAUGUCGGCCAAGCUAGAUCAUCUAGAGGGUCUCAGUUCCCACAGUAGAGGACUGGACAACCUGAGCAGCCACAGUAGCAGCCACAGUCGAAGCAGUCUCCGUAAAAGCAGUCUCCGUAAAAGCAGUCUCAGUCAAAGCAGCCUCAGUCGAAGCAGUCUCAGUCUAGGCAGCGGCAGUUUCGCUCGCUCGGAGAAAGGACUGUCACGAACAUCGGAUGAACUCGCCGCCAAACUGGAUGCGGUACGAGGCAAAAAUCUGGUAACUGGCCAAUUCGCUAACACCCAUUUAACUGGCAGUGGGAGGGCAACAAAUGAAGAACAGUUAAUCCACCAUACCCGACAACAAGAAUUCAAGCCAACACUGGGUUUUGAGGCGAUUCCAGAGCAUGAAUCCUUCCGGCAGAGUCAACGAAAGGAGCCAAAACUGCCGUAUGAUGAAGAGGGGCAAGAAACAAUCAUGGACGCCGAAAGCGAACGUGUGGAGCCAAGUGAAAAUAAUGCCGAAGAGACAGACGACAACCAACGUACAGCAGGACUUGCCCCCAAAGGAAGCUACCCACUUAUACAUGCUGAUCCUGUUGUUUUGGAGGACAAAGAACUCAUGCAGUUAGAAGAAGCUGAGGAAAAGACGGAAUAUAGAAAGAGACAUGCGCGCUGUUUCGUUCUGGCAACCAUCUUCCUCUUGAUUCCAGCGGGAAUCAUCAUUGGCAUUGUUCUCGGCGUAGGCAGAAGGGAAGAAAAGGCGCUGAAGGUUGCACAGCAUCAACGCCACGGGGAAAAGCGCAACACUGGUUGCAACACCAUCCCGACUAUGAAAAGUUUCCCGAAUGGAAAAGGGACCAGCUCUUGGCAUUGGCAACAUUUUACUACGCAUUUGAUGGGGAACAUUGGUCCGCCUCAGCCACAUUCCAACAAAUUUACAAUGCGGCCGACAUGUGGCUAG